AUUAUUAUUUGCACUUAGUGUCAUCAGAAAACUUUUUGCAACAAAAAUAAUUUUUGAAAUGCAUCGUAUAGCAUUAUCUGUUAUACCUGCAGUGGCUUGCAGUUUAAUGAUUGAAAUACACCCUGUUACGAAUGAAACUUCUCGACUUCAAUGCCUGUAUGAUGUUGUGAACAUUGCAAAAGCUUCCUUAUGUAAACCAAUAAGGGCUUCUGAACACCAAAUGCAGCUUCUACAAGUGCAAGCAGUGUUCCGGCAUGGUGCUAGAACUCCAACAACUGAUUCAAAUUAUAAAGAUAUUCCUAACACAGAACCUUAUUUUUGGGAUAAAUCUCAUCUUAUGACAUUACCUCAUGUUGAUAUUGAAUACAAAGUCCAACUUCCUGAUGGCAAAUGCAGACCUAUUUCUUUAAUUGAAGAAUUUUAUAAAAAAACUGGUGCUCUAGAGGGUGGUUGUUUAUCUGGUCAGCUAACAAAGGUUGGUCAACAAGAUGCAUAUUUGUUAGGAAAGUGGCUAGAAGAUGAAUAUAUUAAUAAGCAUAAAUUAUUAGGAAUGUACAGUACGAAAGACGUUUAUGUUAGAAGUUCAAACAUUGAUCGCACAAUAUUGUCAGCAAAGUGUGUCUUGGCUGGAUUAUUUUCUAAAGAUGGUUUUAAAGAGGUACCUAUUAUAAUAACAAGUGAACAUGAUGAUGAGAUUCUAUAUCCAAAUUACUCAGUCUGUGAUUCGCUUAAAAAAUGGUAUACUUAUAUUCGAAGCAAUGUAAAUAUUGUGCUCGACCAUUCAAAAGAUUAUGAGCAUAUUAGUAGUGUUUUGGGUGGAAUGAAUAAAACAAUGAGUUUUUUAGCUUUAUAUGAUUUUAUUGUCACUAGAAAGGCUCAUGGAGGAUUUGUUCCAGUUCAUUUGAUGCAAGAAGAGUUUUUGAUAUCAAAAAGGGCAGCAGAACUUCAGGCAUACAUUAUUACUGGUGAUGAUAGACUUUUAGGUUUGAGAAGAAGCAUUGGCGCAUUUAUCAAUGUAUUAUGUUCAAAUAUCACAGAUUCAAACAAAAAAGAAAAGAUGUAUCUUUACUCUGCACAUGAUACAACAAUAAUUGCUUUAUUGAUGGUUUUAGAUUUGUGGGAUGAGAAAUGGCCAGCAUUUUCCUCAAGCAUUAUCUUUGAAUUGUAUACUAAUCAGGUUGGUAACAAAUUUGUAAGAGUCUUAUAUAAUGGGACAGCCGUGAACUUAAAAAUUGAUGGACACACUGAAUAUUAUCCUUUAAAUAAGUUUUUAAUAUUGCUUGAGAAUUUUCGAGUUGAAGAUUGGCGUAAAGAAUGUGGCAAGCAAACUCAUUGAAACUGUUUUUAAAUUUAUUUAUCCCUGAUUAGUUAAAUUUAAAACGCUUUUUUAAAGAUUUUUUAACUUUUGCUUUUUAUUAUAUUAUUAGCGCUUAAAUGUUUUAUAAUCUUUUUGGCAUUUUUGUAUCAAAAUUAGACCUCAUGCUUAUGAAUAUAUUUUCUAAAAACUAAUUUAAUAUAACCUUUUUUGUUUGGAUAAACAAGUUCAGCUAUCUAUAGUAAAUCACAAAGAAGAAAAAUACGCAAAAAUUAUCUAGCUAUCCAAUAUAAAUAUGAUUUAAAUGUUGUUUUUA